AUGUAUCCCAAUGAAGUGCUCCAUUAUAGCCAACGUGCUAAGGGGAUGGGGAUAUAUUCGUUCUUCCAGAACUGCUUUGGUUUUGCCAUGUCAUACGGAUUCUCCGUCGUACUCGCAGAUCUCCAAUGGAAGACAUACUUUAUCUUCAUGGGUAUAAACGCUUUUGCUAUCUAUUCGACAUGGCAGUGGUUCCCAGAAUUCCGACACCUUUCUCUCGAAGAAAUCGAUAUUAUCUUUGAAACCGAGGGCACACGACCUGUAGCCUUGGCUAAUAAACUUCAAGAAGCCAAGGAUGAGAAGCGUAAAGAGGAGCUGCGUAUGGCAUGA